AUGGAUACUUACUCCAUGUCUUUUGGCAGUGGCUUCGGCAAAAACACAUCGCGCAUAUCGCAAGACCUCAAGGCCUCCCGGUUCUUCAGCGCCAUUAUGGGGGAUCCGGGGCAGCUGACAGAGGCCAACGACUUAGUGUCGAGGCUUGGCAAGCGCCGAACCAAAGCACGCGAGCACAAACCUCGGAUUGCCAUUGUCGGCGCGGGUUUGGCCGGUCUGAGAUGCGCCGGUAUUCUGCUGGAGCGGGACGAGUUCGAAGUGACCCUGAUUGAAGGCCGCGACCGCAUCGGUGGCCGCGUUCACCAGAUUAAGCUGCCGGGCAGCGAUCACGUCGUCGACUGCGGCCCCAACUGGAUCCACGGCACCGAGGACAACCCAAUCCUGGACAUUGCCGCCUCGGCUCAGAUCCCGCUUAGUCGGUGGGACGAGAACACGUACAUUUACGACGAGGAUGGCGGACUCCUCGCACAGAGCGAUAGUGAUAUUUACUCAACCAUGAUGUGGGAUAUCGUCCAAGACGCCUUUGCCUAUAGCAGCAAGAACUCGCCCAACAUCAGCGUUGAAGCGAGUCUCUGGGACUUCUUUUGCGAGCAGGUAAAGAAGCGGAUACCGGAUACGAAGCCCGACUUUGAGAGAAAACGCAAUUUUAUCCUGCAAAUGGCUGAGAUGUGGGGAGCAUUCGUUGGCAGCCCCGUCUACACUCAAAGUUUGAAAUUCUUCUGGCUCGAGGAAUGCAUUGAGGGAGAGAACCUGUUCUGCGCGGGUACUUACCAGAAGAUUCUGCAAAUCAUUGCCCAGCCGGCUUUGGACAAUGCAAAAAUCAUGUACUCGACAGUGGUCUCCAAGGUAAAAACCACUGAUGACAAGGGCAGCAAAUUGACCUUGACAACUACCGGAGGCGAGACCUUGCAAUUCGACGAAGUCGUGUUCACAGCCCCUCUUGGCUGGCUCAAAAAGCAUCCUCAGGCGUUCAGUCCAGCUCUACCCAAGGAGAUGACCCAGUCCAUCAACAGCAUAGGCUACGGUUGCCUCGAGAAAGUCUACAUCAGCUUUCCCCAAGCGUACUGGCUCAAGCCGGACUCGCGCGGCCGGGUCGUGACGGGAUUCUGCCAGUGGCUAUCCCCAAAGUAUCCCAGCGACACCAACCCAGAGAAAUGGAACCAGGAGGUCGUCGAGCUAGGUUCCCUGCCGGAAGGCACCGGCCAUCCGACCUUGCUGUUCUACACUUAUGGCGACCAAUCCCGGUACAUUACCGAGCAAGUCGCAAAACUGGGAUCAAAAGAAAAGCAAAACACGUUCCUCGACGACUUCUUUAGGCCCUAUUAUUCCCGCCUUCCUCAUUACGACGCAUCGUCCCCCGACUGCCAACCCCUCUGCUUCUUUGCCACCAACUGGGUGCACGACGAGCUCGCGGGCUGCGGCAGCUACUGUAACUUCCAGGUUGGUCUGGAGCAGGGCGACAAGGACAUUGCGACUAUGCGGCAGGGCCUUCCAGAGCGGGGUUUGUGGUUCGCCGGAGAGCACACGGCUCCGUACGUUGCGCUGGGCACGGCGACGGGGGCGUACUGGUCAGGCGAGUCGGUUGGGCAUAGGAUAAAGGCAACCUAUGGCUUCAAGAACAAGGAAGAGGCAUGA